UCCGCACUCUCGCUCCCACGCGAGCCAGAACUUCCGCUAACCAAGUCGCCUCCAUUUCCUACUUCCAGUUCCGUUCUAGGCCCGGAAACUUCUAUGCCCGGCGGGAAAGGAAGAGGUGCGAAGGACACGUGAAGAGCUACUCCGGUGGAGAGCGGAAGUGUUCCUGCUGGGAACUUCCUCCUGUGGCGAGCCGCUCUUGCCUUUUCGGCCGUCUUCCGUCCUGGUCUUCCAGCCCCCCGGCGCCGCCAUGGAGGCAGCUGGGGUGGCCCCCAUCAAAACUCAGUACCUCUCCACGAAAGACGAGUUUCACACCUACCUUGACCAGGAAGGAGAUUUGAAGAAUAAUAAAGACAGCAGCAAGGAUGAUACAAAGGAAAACAUCAGCCAAGACCUAGGUGAGCCUCCAGCCAAGCUACAGAAGCUGGAGGAAGAUGGAAGUGAAGAAGAAAGCUUGCCAAAAGGGGCAAGUGAAAACACCAAGGAACCUCAGGGAAAGAAGAGGGCCCGGGGGCAGAAUAAGAGCCGCCCAUGCAUGAAACCAGCUCACUAUGAGAAGGACCGCCUGUGUCCCUCAGUAGUCCAGGAAUGUGCAGAUAAAUGCUUCUUUGGCCCACGGUGCCAUUUCCUCCAUGACAUCAAGGAGUACAUGGCCACCAAACCACCAGACCUUGGAGGCAGCUGUGUGCUCUUCCAGACAUUUGGCAAGUGCAUCUAUGGGGUUACUUGCCGGUUUGCUGGAACGCACCUUGGAGAGGAUUUCAAGAACCUUGUCAAUGCUGAUCUUGUGAAACAGUGGGAGGGGAGACCGGUUGUGAAGAACAGCCUCAGCAAAGAACUGCAGCAGCAGCUGCGCAAGAAGAAGUGUUCCUUUGACAAGGCCAAUGAGUACCUGCGUCACUUAGCCAAGCCCGGCCCAGCAGAUGCAGCCAAGGGCCGAACAGGGGUGGCAUCCACAGGACAGCCAGGAGUCACAGACUGUUCUGCUUCUAAAGGAGUCAUGGGCUUCGAUGCGGGCAGAGAAGCGGUGCCCAGCAUUUCCCAUUUGUCGCAGAAGGAAGGCUCCACUGUGGCAACCUUGGAGAGUGUGUACCAGCCUCUGGAAUCUGCUCUUCAAACAGCUGGCGCUGUGACAGAUGAAGAUAUUGUGAAACUCAGACCAUGUGAGAAGCAGAAGCUGGAUCUCCGUGGCAAGCUUUAUUUGGCCCCCUUAACAACGUGUGGCAACCUUCCUUUCCGGAGAAUAUGCAAGCGCUUCGGAGCUGACAUCACCUGUGGCGAGAUGGCCGUGUGCACGAACCUGCUCCAGGGCCAGUCAUCCGAGUGGGCGUUGCUGAAGCGGCACCACACAGAGGAUCUCUUUGGAGUCCAAGUGGAAGGUGCAUUUCCAGACACCAUGACCAAAUGUGCAGAGCUUCUGAACAGGGCCAUUGAGGUGGACUUCGUUGACAUUAAUGUUGGCUGCCCGAUCGACCUCAUAUACAGCAAGGGAGGAGGUUGCGCUUUAAUGAGCCGUACCAGCAAGUUUGAACAAAUCGUCCGCGGCAUGAACUGUGUCUUAGAUGUUCCUCUGACUGUAAAGAUCCGAACUGGCGUGCAGGAGAAGACCAACCUAGCUCACAAAGUCAUUCCCAGCCUCCGAGACUGGGGAGCCUCUUUGAUCACGCUUCAUGGGCGAUCAAGAGAGCAAAGAUACACAAAGCUGGCCGACUGGAACUACAUUGCGGAGUGUGCAAAAAUCGCUGGCCCGGUGCCUCUCUUCGGAAACGGGGAUAUCUUUUCUUUUGAAGAUGCAAAUCAAGCCAUGGGGACAGGAGUGGCAGGUAUUAUGAUUGCAAGAGGAGCUCUGAUCAAGCCUUGGAUCUUCACGGAAAUCAAAGAGCAGCGGCACUGGGACAUCUCCUCCAGCGAGCGGCUCGGCAUCCUCAGGGAUUUCACCAACUAUGGCCUAGAGCACUGGGGAUCAGACACGCAGGGCGUGGAGAAAACCAGGAAGUUCCUCCUGGAAUGGCUCUCCUUUUUGUGCAGGUACAUUCCUACUGGCUUACUGGAGCGCCUGCCCCAGAGAAUCAACGAGAGGCCCCCAUACUACAUGGGGCGAGACUAUUUGGAGACCUUAAUGGCAAGCCAAAACGUGGGCGACUGGAUAAAGAUCAGUGAGAUGCUAUUGGGUCCUGUGCCUGCCAACUUUACUUUCCUGCCAAAACACAAGGCAAAUUCUUACAAGUAGGGAUGCAGCUGUGGGGCUACUGAAUUAAAGACUCCACUUGGGAAGUCAAA